AUGGUGUAUAUCCGGCAGCGAAACCUCAAGAAGCUCCACGAGUACAAGUACUCCGGGGUGGACAAAUCUCUGGUUUCAAGAUAUGUCCUCAAGCCGUUUUACACCAAUGUUGUCAUCAAAUUCUUUCCCAUGUCGAUGGCGCCCAACCUUAUUACCUUGACAGGUUUCAGUUUCGUGAUCAUCAAUGUCCUCACCAUGCUGUGGUACAACCCGACGCUCGAUACCGACUGCCCUCCAUGGGUCUACCUGACCUGGGCUGUCGGUCUGUUCCUGUAUCAGACUUUCGAUGCUGUGGACGGCACACAGGCACGCCGAACGCACCAAAGCGGCCCCUUGGGCGAGCUGUUUGACCAUGGUGUUGAUGCAUGCAAUACUAGCCUUGAGGUUCUCCUUUUUGCAGCCUCGAUGAAUCUUGGCCAGUCUUGGAACACAGUCCUCACUCUCUUCGGCACAAUCCUUACCUUCUAUAUUCAGACUUGGGAGGAAUAUCAUACCCACACCUUGACCCUGGGUAUAGUUUCUGGCCCUGUUGAAGGAAUCCUGACCUUGGUCGUGGUCUACUUCAUCACCUUCCUCAAAGGUGGUGCUAGUUAUUGGCAGCAGCCAAUGCUCCCCGGCCUCGGCCUCCCUAAGAGCGACCUUAUUCCGAGCUCUCUCUACCAGAUGGCCUGGAACGAGUGGUACAUGCUUUAUGGCGGGUUGGUCUUGGUCUUCAACACCGUCAGCAGCGCACUGAACGUCAUGGACGCUCGACGACAAAGGGGACAAGAUCCUUACAAGGCUCUCCUGGGUCUGGCUCCUAUUGCUAUCACUUGGACCUUGAUACCCACCUAUCUCUGGUUGAACCCAGCCAUCCUCCACCGCCAUCUGGUUCCAUUUAUCAUCUUCGCUGGCAUUGUGAAUGCCUAUUCCGUCGGGCAAAUGAUCGUGGCUCAUCUGGUCAAGGAUAAAUUCCCCUAUCAAAACGUCCUGGUUGUCCCGCUGGCUUGUGCUAUCGUUGAUAGUUUGGGUCCAGCACUCGGACUGUGGCCGAGUGCGCUCGGUGAUGAUGUCUACCAAGUGGCGUUUGUAUUCAUGUCACUGGGUCUCGCACUGGGCGUGUACGGAAGCUUUGUUCACGAUGUCAUAACCACUAUUUGUGACUACUUGGAUAUCUGGUGUCUCACGAUCAAGCAUCCUUAUGUGGAAAAUACCCAGAACGAUGAAGGCAGAAAGUCCAAAUGA